GUUCCACCGUGCUCCACGUCGCUCUCAACUACAGUGACUACACCAAUACUUGAACAUAAAACAAUUAAUUUUGCUAUUCCUUGGACUCAGAGGACAGUGAAUCUAUAAACGUUUAGUGUUGUGUAUAGACUAUUUGCUAUUUCGUUCCCUGUGUGGUGUUUGCCGGCGAUUCAGCCGACCUGUAGCUGUUUGGCCCGGGACGCCAAUACUUUGGAUCAGAUAAAAAGUAAAUCCCCAAGCAUGAAGGACGAGCGUGCCAGUAUGCCGCGCGUACGCAUCGCUGUCAUUGGCAGCUCUCGAGUUGGCAAGUCCGCUCUCAUCGUUCGCUACCUAACCAGGCGAUACAUCGGCGAAUAUCAUUCAAACACAGAUCUCCUGUAUAGACAAACGGUACCGAUCAACGGUACUCCCGUCGAACUCGAAGUUAUAGAUGUAUCCGGCUCCAAUUCAGAUAAAUUCCCAGCUGAACAGAUUCAAUGGGCCGAUGCUUGUCUGCUGGUGUACGCAGUGACGGACCGCAGCAGCUUCGAGUACGCGACGGAGGUGUUGAGUGCUCUAAAGCGCGCGCCGACGGGCGGCAGUCCGGCACACGGGCCGGCCGGCGCCGCGGCGCCCAUGCCACUCGCACUCCUCGGCAACAAAACAGACCUAGACCACUUGAGACAGGUGACUACCAAGGAGGGUCAAGCUAUUAGUGCUGCCCACGGUGCCUCAUUCAGCGAGGCUAGUGUAGCCGACAACUCUGGCGACCUCUACCGUUGCGUGGAUAGACUACUAGCCGAAGUGCGCACACCACAGCGAACGCGCAAGUUCUCCGUUACGAAAAUGCUUGGAUCAUUAAUAGGUGGUAGUGGCAAUAGCCAGACUAACCGCAGCGGUUCAAUGGUCGCGUGCCCGCGCGGCCGCGCCUGCGCAUCGCGCACGCUGAUGCCUUGCCGGCGCCGGCGCAGUGUGGUUCGCCUGCCUGCCCGUGCCCGCUCGUUUCGCGCACCCUGCGCCUCUGUCCGCCACUAUCAUAUAAGUCGCAGUGACGAGGACUUGGUGCGGCGGUCUACUUGUGCUGAUUUAGUGUGGAGCUCGUGGACUUUUCACCAAAGACCAGAUACUAGUCAAUAUUAUUAUAGUGUGCAUGUAAUUUGUGCACCGUGAGCUUCUUUUAAUGUAUGCUUCAAUGGCAUUGUGUUAAAACAUCAAGUGAAUCAGUUUUAUGAAUUAUUGAUGUUUAGGUAAUUUUGACAAUAAUUGCGAAAUAUUGGCACGAUGACGUGUUUCCAUUCAGGUAUUGAUGUGCCAAAGAUCUGUUAAUAUUAACUGAUUGGUGAAAGUAUUACUUACAUAAAACUAAGACAUGUUAUUAACUCAGUAAUAAAAUACUCAUUUGCAUAAUUUAUAAAUAAAUAAAUGUAAUCAAUGAAUCCAUAUAAUGUCUGUUGCAUGUUGAUGUUUAUAAAAUAUCUAUAGAGAUUAUAAAUCAGAGUUUACAUAAUAUUAUCGUAAAAGGUGUUCUAUUUGAUAACUAUCUACAUCUUCAGCGAAGGGUGGCUGACUAUCUCUGUACCACGUAUACUAUGUGUACCUUUCUAUGCAUUAGUAUAUCAAUUUGAUAUGGCCUAAAAUUUUCUACUUUUUCACAGUAUUAUUAAAAUAAGUCUUGAAUAGGCUAGGACACUUUUGUGAAUCCUAUUUCACCAUAUUAACUUUUAGGCCUACAUUUUUGAAGAAUUUCACUUAAGGUUCAACCACACAGAUGUAAU